UUGGAGCGAAAGAUUUCAAACGGCUCCUUUGAGGAAGGCAUGAGGGCCGAAAUGUUGUCGUUUCUCUCAUAGCAGUGUACAAUUUAGCCAGCUGUUUUUAAACAGAGCGUUUUGUGGACUAUUCACAGUCCCUGGUCUAAAGAUGGAAGGCUUGGAGAUGUCCGCUAUGAUACCUGCACUGCAGGAGCUAGCGAGUGCCACCGCAGAGGAAUACAACAAGGUGGUUCAGAAGCCUCGUCAAAUUCUCUGUCAGUUCAUUGACCGAAUACUGACAGACGUAGAUGUUGUUGCGUUGGAGCUGUCUAAGAGGUCCAGUUCAGAGCCAGCGUGUGUGAUGCUGUUGGACUUUGUUCAGCAUAUUAUAAAGUCUUCCUCUCUGAUGUUUGUCAACCCUGCCUGUCAGCUGGCCCACUUCACAGACACACAGCAGAGCAGCACCGAGUUCAGUAGGUGGGUUGUCGGCAGGUUGCUGCGGGUCGCCGCAUCUCCAAGCUGUGACGUCAUCCAUGGGCGUGUCUCGGCCGUGCUCUGCUCCCUACUGCACGCACUCAGACCGCGAGCACCAAUCACCUUCAACGUCAUCGCCAAAGAGAUGCUUGGAUUGGCCCAGGACCUCAGCAAUCUGCUCUACACACACACACACUCACACACCCCAGGAACACAUACACACUCUACAAACACACACACCUUGUGGCCGGUAACCCUGCAGUCUUUCUCUGUCUCUCUCACCCCUUAUCUCACCCCCUCACCACUCCUCCUCCCCUCGCCUGCCGCCUUGGAAACCCUGGUUGCAGUGACAGUGAACGUUCUGACCGACGCACUCAGGGGAUUGGCCAGCCGCAGGGAGAUGGGGGUGGCUUGGGAGGCGGGAUGUUUGGUCUUGGCCUAUGGGAGUGCUCGGUUAAGGAAGGUUGCUAUGGUGAUGCUGAGGCGGUUGGCAGAGAUUGGUGGGUUCCCGGAGAGGCGGAGUCAGGAGUUUUUUACAGCGUACCUGAUGCUGCUGGACACACACACACCUGAGCCAGAGACAUAUGGGGGAGAGCUGCUGAAGCUGACCCAGUGUGUGUUUGGAUCUGCGCACACACCUGCUCACACACACACACGUUUUGAGCGUACCCACCUGGCCCAGCUGUUGGAACGUGUGUGUGUUCUUGCAGGGGCGGGCUUAGUUCUGGAAUUAGAGGUCAGCCAAUCUCUGAGCUUUGUCUUUAACUUCCUGUUGUCCGUUCCACUGGGAUACGAGAGCGCCUCGUCGCUACGGAGACAGAGAGUCACUGAUGUCUGCAGAAACCUCACACACUCCAUCGGGAUGGAGAAACAGUCUGAGUGUGUGCAUGGGUUUCUUUACACUGCCCUGAAGGCUGAGGUUGCCGUGGUGAUGCAAGAGAGAGAGGAUGGAGAAACGGCUGCUAAGCGACCCUGUCUACCCAUCACCCCCCUGGCCAGCAAGACCCCCGAAACCCCUCCGAUGGAGGUGGACAUGCGUGUGCGUAGUGAGGUGUGGGCGGCAGUGAGCAGCAGGCUGGAUGACCUUCUGGCUUCUCUGGUGAACUGUGACCUUGACCCGACGACCCCUGAGCCUGAUCCUGACCCUCAGAUGAUCCUGAGAGCUCUGGAGGGACUCGCUCUCAUCCUGCACCUGGCUGGCCUCUGUUACACACACACCAGUUCCUCCUCUCUGCUGUGGCUGUCUGCCUCCACUCUGAGCAGGGCUUUGGAAACCUGUCAAUCACUACUGGGUGGGGCUAAGUCUACCGCUGACCACACCCAUAUACGGUCUGCCAUCCAGGUGGCUGUCAGAAUACUGGACUCCAUCAUCUACCUGACAAUGAGUAGCCCGGCUGAGGACAGUGGUCUCCAGAAUAGUGUGUGCGCGUUGCUGUCCGUGCCAUGGGUGUGUGAGCUAUCGUCUGUCCCAGCCUAUCAGAUGGCAGGAUUCCCCCCCAGCCUCCCCGACUUGGCUAAGAGAAUGUCUCCCUGCUACUCCCCCCAGGUCCAGGCGGAGUGUGUGUUGCUGCUGUCUCUGCUGCGUGAGGAUGUGUGUGUGUCGUGGCGUGUGUCUGUGUGUUCCCAGGCCCUGGAGAGUCCCCAUGAGGUGGUCAGGGCCAGCGCUGUCAGGAGCUUUCCUCUACUACUGCACCAUGUGGGACACACACACCACAACCUAACACACACCACCUUAAUGAGUGUCCUGGAGGACAGCUCAGAGCAGGUGAGGGCGGAGCUAGCUGGUAUUUCUGGUCAGCUGACCUGCGUCCUAUCGGGGAGCUCCAAAUUAAAUGUCAAUCACAAGGAGCCCCUCCCACUACCCAUGAUCCUUUGCUCCCGCCUCGGCCUUGCAGCUGAGCAUGCUGGGAAGGGCACUCCCAUUGGAGCAUCCGUCAUCAAGCCCGUCUUACCUCUGCUACGACCGAGUAGCAGCAGUGUUGCCAAAAGAGCGUUCCUAGAUGCUCUGCCGCACCUCUGCCAGCAUGUCAACCUUGGAGGCGGAGACAGUGACUCUCUGGCCAUUCUGAGAGAUCUGAUUGGCCUAAUAGAAGACCCAGACCCGUCAGUCAGAACACUCUUCAGCCAAUCAGUUCGCUUCCUGUUGGCGGAGCCCACCCUCGAACCCGACCAGGAUCCAGUCAAGGAGCUGCUGGUGUCUCGUGUGAAGGAGGCGUUCAGUAAGGCUAAACUCAACAGAGAUGACGAGCUACGCAGCACGCUCAUACUGACCACUGGAGAGAUUGGCAGGGCUGCUAAGGGUAGCUUGGUGUCGUUCUCUCUCCUGAGGUUACUGCACUGUCUCCUGUCCAAGUCCUCUCCUGUCUCUGUCUCUGCCUACACACAGAUCACUGCCCUGGCCACAGCUAGAGGACUCAAACUACAGACACUGUUCAGUCAGUACAAGAACCCUGUCUGCCAGUUCCUGGUAGAGUCUCUCCACUCGCGUCACGUCGGCUCCCUGCGGAGCACGCCAGAGCAAGGUAGCCAGCUAGCCAAUCAGAGAGAAGUAGCUCUGGACAUCCUGUCUCAGGUUGCCCACGCCUUUGACUUCCCUGACCUGCAGCGCUUCCUCACGAGGACUCUCCAGGUGCUCCUCCCCUAUCUGGCUGCGAAGGCCAGCGCCACAGGCUCCGCCCUCAUCAGGACACUGGCCAAUGAGAUGAAAGCGAACCGGCGCGAGAUCCUGAUCAACAACUUCAAGUACAUCUUCAGCCACCUGGUGUGUUCCUGCACUAAGGAGGAGCUGGAGAGAGCCUUCCACUACCUCCAGAGAGAGACUGAGAUAGAGCUGGGCUCUCUGCUGAGGCAGGACUUCCAGGGCCUGCACAACGAGCUGCUGCUACGCCUGGGAGAACACUACCAACAAGUGUUUAAUGGUCUGGCCAUCCUGGCCUCAUUUGCCUCCAAUGACGACCCGUACCAGGGACCCCGUGACAUCACCACCCCGGAACACAUGGCUGAUUACCUCCAGCCCAAGCUGCUGGGCAUCCUGGCCUUCUUCAACAUGCAGCUGCUGAGCUCUAGUGCUGGGGAGAAGGAUGGGAAGAAGAUGGCCCUGACCAGCCUGAUGGCCCUGAUGAAGAUGAUGGGCUCCAAACACACCAGCUCAGUCCGAGUCAAGAUGAUGACCACACUACGGACUGGACUACGAUACAGACAAGACUUCCCUCUGCUCUGCUGCCAGACGUGGGAGUGUUUUGUGCGUACGGUAGAGCCCGCCCACCUGGGGCCGUUGCUCAGUCAUGUGAUCGUGGCGCUUCUUCCGCUGAUACCACUCCAGCCCAGAGAGACUGCUGCUAUAAUACACUACCUCAUACUGGACAACAGGGAAGAGGUGCAGGACUAUCUCCAUGAAAUCUACUUCCUGCCAGACCACCCUGAACUCAAAGACAUACACACUGUCCUGCAGGACUACAAGAAGUUGACGUCCAGGACCAGUGACCUGGCUGCAGGCCUGCAGCUCUCCAUGAGGGCUGUCCAACACGAGAACCUGGACGUCAGAGUUCACGCUCUGACCAGCCUCAAGGACAUGAUGCACAGCAACCAGGAGUGGUUGCUGCGACAGGUGUGUGCGUCGGAGGCGGUAGAGCCAGUCAUCUCCUCAUUAGUCUCAGUGUUACUGCGAGGUUGUCAGGACUCUUCCCCGACGGUCAGGCUGCUGUGUGGGGAGUGUCUGGGGGAGCUGGGGGCCGUGGACCCUGGACGACUGGACCUCUCGCGCACACACACACACGGCAGCAGCAACACCUUCGUGAGUGGGGUGGAGGAGAGUAACUUUGCCUAUGAACUACUGACGGAACUGACCAGGACUUUCUUGGCGUAUGCUGAUGAUGUCAGAGCACAGGAUUCGGCAGCCUAUGCAAUGCAGGAGCUGCUGUCUAUAUUUGAGUGUCGUGAGGGCCGUAGUGACUCCCCUGGUCGACGGCUGUGGAGGAGAUUCCCUGAACAAGUCCAAGAGAUACUGGAGCCUCACCUCAACAGCAGGUAUAAGAGCAGUCAAAAGGUGGUGAACUGGUCCAAGGUGAAGAAGCCUGUCUACCUCAGCAGCCGAGGAACCAAGUUCUCUGAUUGGUCAGCUACCUGGGCCGGAUACCUCAUCAGCAAGGUGAGACAUGAGUUGGCCAGCAAGGUAUUCACCUGUUGCAGUUUCAUCAUCAAACACGACUACAAAGUUACCAUCUACCUGCUGCCCCAUAUACUGCUUUACAUGCUGAUGGGCUGCACUGCUGUUGAACAAGGAGAGGUAACAGAGGAAAUGCUGGCUGUGCUCACAGAGGGUGAUGCGUGGGGGCGCGUCCAGGAGGCCUCAUCUAGCCUUUCACAGCUCAGCACUCAGAACCAGGAAGCAACGUCCAGCCUAUCACAGCUGAGCACCCAGACGGUGUUCAGUAUGCUGGCUCACCUCACCCAGUGGAGCCGACACACACUGUCGGCUAGAAUCAAACACAGCGAAAGUGGUGACUACCAGCGGGUGGUAGCGUUUCUAAAAGGCAUCCCUCAGGACGUGUUAGCCAAGGCCUCUCUACGGUCUAAAGCCUACACCAGAGCUCUGAUGCACUUCGAGGCUUACAUACUGGAGAACAAAGAGGACAUCCAAGAUCAUCUGAGCUUCCUACAGACGCUGUACGCGGCCAUGCACGAACCGGACGGUGUGAGUGGUGCGAACGCUCUCCGGCGGGAAGAGCCGUCCCUACGGGAACAGAUUCUAGAGCACGAGAGCAUCGGGUUGCUAAGAGACGCUACGGCCUGCUACGACCGGGCCAUACAGCUGGAGUCCGACCAGAUAGGACACUACCAUGGGGUGAUGAGUUCUAUGCUGGGGCUGGGACAGCUCUCCACUGUCGUCACACAGGUCAAUGGAGUCCUGGCCAACAGGCCCCAGUGGAAGUCUGAUCUGAACACCUACAGGGUGGAAGCUGCCUGGAAGCUCAGCAAGUGGGACCUACUGGAGGACUACCUGGGCUCUGAUCGUAAGUCCAGCACGUGGGGUGUGAGGCUGGGUCAGAUGCUGCUAGCGGCUAAGCGGCGCGACGCGGAGACUUUCUACGACAAACUGAAGCUGGUCAGGACAGAGCAGGUGGUGCCUCUAGCUGCUGCUAGCUAUGAGACUGGGACCUACCAGAGAGGAUACGAAUACAUCGUCAGGCUCCACAUGUUGAGUGAGUUGGAGCAUGCCUUCACUGACCUCCAGAGACAGAGAGAAGGCCAUGCCCCUAGCGCAGCCACGCUGCCCUCCCAUUGGCCAGAUCGGCUGGAGAUGACCCAGAAUUCUUUCCGCGCCAAAGAGCCAAUCCUGGCCCUGCGGCGAGCCCUGCUGAGCAUCGGCUCCGGUGUGUGUGAGGGGCUGGUCGGAGAGUGCUGGUUGCAGAGUGCCCGGGUGGCCAGGAAGGCGGGACAUCACCAGACUGCCUUCAACGCUCUGCUGAACGGACAGAACACACACACUGCCGAACUACUGACAGAGAAGGCCAAGUGGCUAUGGUCCAAGGGAGAUGUCCACCAGGCGUUGAUAGUUCUCCAGAAGGGAGUGACUCAGUGUUUCCCAGUCGACCAGCCUCUCUCAGACCAGAGGAGUCUACAGACCAAAGGAAAAGCCAUGCUUCUGGUGGGACGCUUUAUGGAGGAGACAGCCAACUUUGAGUCCAACGCCAUCAUGAAGGCCUACAAGGAUGUGACCACCCUGCUACCAGAGUGGGAGGAUGGUAACUUCUACCUGGCUAAAUACUAUGACAAGUUGAUGCCCAUGGUGACAGACAACAAGCUGGAGAAACAGGGCAACCUCAUACGAUACAUCGUCACCUACUUUGGAAAAGCUCUGCAGUUUGGGAACCAGUACAUCUAUCAGGCCAUGCCUCGGAUGCUGUCUCUCUGGCUGGACUUCGGGGCCAAAGUCUACGAGUAUGAGAAAGCGGGUCGAACAGAGCGGCAGAUACGCGUGGAGCUGGGGAAGAUCAACCAGGUGGUCAGCGACCACUGCACCAGGCUGGCUCCAUACCAGUUCCUCACUGCCUUCUCCCAGCUCAUCUCCAGGGUGUGUCACAGCAGUGAGGACGUCUUCAACGUCCUCAUGGACAUCGCUGCCAAGGUGCUGCUGGCCUACCCUCAGCAGGCCAUGUGGUUGAUGACCGCAGUGUCCAAGUCGUCCUACCCCACCCGUAUGAACCGCUGUAAGGAGAUCCUGAGGAAGGCUGUCAGUCUGAAGGAGAGUCUGGGGAAGUUCAUAGGAGAUGCCAACAGACUGACUGACAAACUACUGGAGCUCUGCAACAAGCCGGUGGAUGGUAACAGCAGUACUCUCAGUAUGGGGGUCCAUUUCAAGCAGUUGAAGCGUCUGGUGGAGGAGCCGUCGUUCAGCCAGAUCCUGAUCCCUCUGCAGUCUGUCCUCAUCCCCACACUGCCCUCUACUGGCCCUGCAAACACACUGCACCAUGACGCAUUCCCCGGACACUGGGCCUACCUCGACGGCUUUGAAGAUACUGUGGAGAUCCUAGCCUCCCUCCAGAAGCCCAAGAAGAUCGGCCUGAAGGGAAGUGAUGGGAGGAGCUACACUGUGAUGUGUAAACCUAAAGAUGACCUCCGGAAAGACUGUCGUCUCAUGGAGUUCAACUGCCUCAUCAACAAGUGCCUGCGUAAGGAUGCAGAGUCCAGGAGGAGGGAGCUCCAUAUCCGUACAUAUGCUGUGAUCCCACUGAAUGAGGAGUGUGGCAUCAUCGAGUGGGUCAACAACACUGGAGGUCUCCGACACAUUCUGAACAAACUCUACAAGGAGAGAGGUAUCCUGAUGGCAGGUAAAGAGUUGAAGAAGUUCAUUCUUCCUAAGACUGCACCGUUUGAGGAGAAGCUGAAAAUCCAUAAGGACAUCCUGUGUGCCAGACACCCCCCUGUCUUCUAUGAAUGGUUCCUCCGAACCUUCCCUGACCCCACCACAUGGUACAGCAGCAGGUCAGCCUACUGUCGCUCCACAGCGGUGAUGUCCGUGGUGGGCUACAUCCUGGGUCUUGGAGACCGUCAUGGAGAGAACAUCCUGUUUGACUCAUUUACCGGGGAGUGUGUUCACGUCGACUUCAACUGCCUCUUCAACAAGGGUGAGACGUUUGAUGUUCCGGAGGUGGUUCCGUUCAGACUGACCCAGAACAUGGUCCAUGCAAUGGGCCCCAUGGGGACAGAGGGGCUGUUCAGAACCGCCUGUGAAGUCACGCUACGUCUGAUGAGAGACCAGAGAGAACCACUUAUGAGUGUACUGAAGACGUUCCUCCAUGACCCUCUGGUAGAGUGGAGUAAACCUAAAGGACUCUCCAAGACACAGGCCAGUGAGACUGGAGAGAUAGUCAACGAGAAGGCCAAGACCCAUGUGUGUGAGAUUGAUCAGCGUUUGCAGGGCGUGAUAAAGAGUCGUAACAAGGUGUUGGGUCUGCCUCUGUCUAUAGAGGGACACGUCCACUACCUGAUAGAGGAGGCUACCGACGACAAACUACUGUGUCAGAUGUACCUGGGCUGGGGACCUUACCUGUGAUAUACGCGGCUUCUCUGAGACACUGUUGACAAAUUCAAUACUUUUCUUGUUCUGUUAUCCAUUAAGUGAUUUUUCCUUUUUCAUGUUUUUGUAAGUCUGGAGUAAUUAUGUUUUUCAUGGGGUAGUUGCGUAUUUCCCAUAAUAAAUUUAAAAAAUAGUAUUUUCUGAAA